AUGAACCACGAUGCCGAGUUUUUCAACGAGAGCCAGGAGGCCAUGAAGGAACAGUAUUCAGCAUCAGCUAUUCCAGAAGAACCAAAGAGAAAAGCAACACCUACUUGUUCGACAUCAACACAGCAGGACAAUGACCGCAAUGCUUCUCCUGACAAGCAUGAGCACGCUUCGUUUUCCAAUGGUCGUUUUGUCAUGAGCAGUUUCCAACUUUACGAGACCAAGACUCGAUACUAUUUGGUUGGCACGAACCAGUCGAGGCAACGUUAUCGAGUCCUUCAAAUCCAUCGCACGAAUCCCAAAGAGUUGACAGUGAUUGAAGAUGAAGCGGUUUACACGGAGAACGAGAAGACGUGGCUAUUGAAGAUGAUCGAGGAUGGCAACUUGGCUGUGGGUGGAUUGCAACCUGUGCCUAUGCGCAUUUACGGCAUUGUGGGAUUUAUCCGUUUCACCGAAGGAUGGUACAUGAUUUUCAUCACCAAGCGGAAGCAAGUGGCGUUGCUGGGAGGACAUUAUGUGUACCACAUUGAUGAAACACGACUCGUCCCUGUGGGUCAUCAGGUCAAAGUCGACAAAAACUCGGAUGAAGCAAGAUACAUUGCAACCUUCCAGAAUGUCGACAUGACAAAGAACUUUUAUUUUUCAUACACAUACGACCUUACCAACAGUCUCCAAGUCAACAUGACAGGACCUGGCAACAACCAUGGUGGGCAUAGCAACAGCAACAACAACAAGACGCCUUUCCGAUACAAUGACAUGUUUGUUUGGAAUCAAUACCUGCUCAAGUCUGGAUUCAAGGAUAUCAACAGUCAAUCAGGGUGGAUCCUUCCUCUUAUUUAUGGAUUUGUGGAUCAAGCAAAAAUAUCGGUGUUUGGUAGAAAUGUUGUCAUCACUCUAAUUGCAAGGCGCUCACGACAUUUUGCUGGUGCUCGAUUUUUGAAGCGUGGUGUCAAUGAUAUGGGAUACGUUGCGAAUGACGUUGAGACCGAGCAGAUCGUUGCUGAGAUGACUACGACCUCCUUUCACUCUACCGACAAGCUCUUUGGCAACCCAAAAUACACCGCCUAUGUUCAACAUCGUGGCUCUAUUCCUCUUAUCUGGACACAAGAUCCAACGAAUAUGUCUCCAAAACCACCGAUUGAACUCAAUGUGGUGGAUCCCUUUUAUACUGCCGCAGCAUUGCAUUUUGAGAAUCUCUUCCAUCGAUAUGGGACGCCAUGCAUCGUUCUUAAUUUGAUCAAGCAAAAAGAGUCCCACAAACGAGAAUCAAUCCUAGGACACGAAUUUGAACAAGCCAUUUCCUACCUCAACCAAUUUUUGCCCAAGGAUAAGCAGAUAAAGUACAUUGCGUGGGACAUGUCAAGAGCAUCCAAAAGCAAAAGUCCGGAUCAAGAUGUCAUUGCCACUUUGGAGACCAUUGCCCAAGAGACCAUUGAGACCACAGGAUUCUUUCAUAGUGGCCCUGAGCCUUAUGUCAAUGUGAUGCGAGACGACAAGAGUAACCGUAAAGCAAGACGACCAAACAAGGAUGGCUCUUCUCGACAAUUUGGUGUGCUAAGAACCAAUUGUAUCGAUUGUCUCGAUCGUACCAAUGCUGCCCAAUUCCUUAUGGGAAAAUGUGCCUUGGGACAUCAACUAUACGCUUUGGGAGUCAUUGCAUCACCCAAGAUCGACUUUGAUUCGGAUGUAGUCAACAUUUUCACUGAAAUGUACCAUGAUCACGGUGACACCAUUGCCUUACAAUAUGGCGGAUCACAUCUCGUCAAUACCAUGGAGACGUAUCGCAAGAUCAACCAAUGGACAAGUCAUCCACGUGAUAUGAUUGAAACCAUUCGACGCUUUUAUGCCAAUGCAUUCUCAGAUGCGGAUAAGCAGGAUGCGAUCAAUCUCUUUCUUGGCAACUUUGUUUCAGAGGAUGGACAACCUAUGCUAUGGGAACUCAAUUCCGAUUAUCACCUUCAUAAUCAAGAUCCAAGGAUUCAACCUCCUCGAAAAGACUACCGUAAAUGGUGUUCAACCGAUGUAUUGGUGGAGAAUGUGCAAGAUGCCAACCGCCCGUUGACGGAGAUCCCGCCCGAGUUACGCCAAAAUGAUACCAUCCAACCUGAUGAAAGUGAUCCGUAUCGUGGCUAUUGGGUGGAGUACUAUGAUCCUACCAAGCUGACUACGCUCGACACAUUAUUUGCAUACAACAUGAAUGGCACCUUAAAGUAUCGGCCCCCUAGUCUCGCAGUGGCUACAGGAAAAUGCGAGAACCAGCUUUCCAAGCAAUUGGCACAUAGUAUCAGCCCAUUCACUGUGCGCGUGAUUCCACCAACUCGAGCAGCCACCUUGACAGAUGCAACAGUGGUUGAAAAAGAAAGCAAACAAGAAUCUUCCGUAUAUCGAGAAAAAGAAGGAUGGAUGGUGGAAAAAAUGGUUCGUAGAACACUGGAGCCAAGUGUACCAGAAGCAGAGGAAAAUGAAUACAAAAGAUAUACCCAGCAAUUCGGAUCCAUAGACAAACUUGUGGCUGUCUCGAAUGCUACCGAUGUUCAACAACAAACGUCGUUCCCCGAAUACCAGCAGUACUUUGAUUGCACCUCAAUGACUGAUAGCAACCUACAAACCCAAUCCAUCGAUGAGCAAGUAUACAAGACCUAUGUGGAUAUUCCAAGACGAGUGGCAGCAGUACAAAUGUCUCGAGAAUGGAGUGGUAAUGCACGACGACGAUACGAGGGUUAUGCUUCUUAUCUCAAGACGGGACAUUAUCCACAAGCCAGUAGUUCUCAUCAUCACAAUCAGCAUCAUCAUCAUCAUCAUCACCAUCACCAUUCGCAUCAGCCACCUCAUAAUAAACAACAACGACAACAACAACGGCAUCAGCAACAAUCCCUUCAAAGCAAUGUCUUGAAUGCUACAACAGCAGCAGCUGCCGCCAUGAUUGGAUUUGCAAGUAGAUGA